AGCUCGGCGCAGAUUUAGUACUCAAUUGUUGUGCUGCUACGGCGUACGUGAACGCGGACUGUGAAAGAAACACAACGUUCAGUUCUGAGUGAAGUUCCCAGCUCCACGUAAAAGUCAACGGAAACGUUUCCGUCGGCAGCAGCAGCAGCCACAGCAGCGCGGCCAUUGCUGAGGUCCUUCAUCAAAAUGCGCACACAUACAAAAGUAAAUGUAUAUGAAAAGAAAGUGUCAUAAAUCAAGCGAUUAUCCUGUAAACAAAGUGUAAAACGCGCUCCCCAGCAAACAACAAAAACAACAAAAACAACAACAACAGCAAUAACAACAACAACAACCUUUAAUAAAAACAGAACCAGAAACCCAACAAGGAGUUUUUCUUAAUAAAACCCGAUUUGUAUUACGUUAAAAGCCAACGUGGAUAACAAAAACAACAACAACAACAACAACGAUAACCACAGCUACAACAACAACAACACCAUAGAAGUGCUUUUUAUUACUUGAGCAUUUAAUUUUGCUGAGUUGCUGUUGGACAUUUCGUCUGAAGCCCAACAAGGUUUUGGGUACAGCCACUUUGUUUGGCAUUUUUGGAGAGUCCCAGCGAAAACCAAGGCACUACAUUGGAUUGGGCUUGAACACAUUAUAUAAUGCUUGCGACAGUGAGAUGACGCCAGUGCAAGUGAGAACGAUACGUUAGGCGGCGUUGACUAUGGGACCAGAGGCAUGGGCGUGUGUGCGGACCCUGGGUCUUAUCGAUGGUGUCAGGCAUUAAGCCGGUCGCGUUCGUCGUGCGCCACAAACACAAACCAAUCAACGAGAAAGCAGACUCAACAACAAUCAGACACAAUCAGCAAAAGUACCAGAGCCGAGUCAACAAUUGUAGCAUCGAUAUUUCGAGGAGCUACGACUACGACGACGGAGACGACGACAAUUGCAACAGCUUCGACUCUAAACCAAACGCCGUUGAAAACGGCUGCGUUCACAGUGAAAACAACGAGAAGAAGAAGACACCAGGACGAGGACGACGACGUCGAAGAGGACGUCGACGGCUGCGCUCGCACUCCGACCAAGACUUGCCGAUCAAUACAGACUCUGAAAUUAGCACUCAUCUGUCUGUUUGCCCUAUUGGCACGAAAUGCACAAGCUCACAAUAUACCAGAAGAUGCUGUGCACAUCACGGCCAUACUGGGCGAGGGGGUUGUCUUCAAUUGCCACGUCGAGUUCCCCAAUGAUCAUCCAGUGCCAUAUGUCCUGCAGUGGGACAAGAAGGUGAGCGAAACGGGCUCCGAUCUGCCCAUUUACAUCUGGUAUGAGAGUUACCCGGAACACAUCGAGGAAGGCUACAAGGGGCGCGUGUCCCGCGUGUCGCAGGACUCGCCGUUCGGCUCCGCAUCGCUCAACCUAACCAACAUUCGAGAGUCGGAUCAGGGCUGGUACGAGUGCAAGGUCGUAUUCCUGAACCGAGACCCCAAGCAGCAUAAGAACGGUACAUGGUUCCACUUAGACGUACAUGCACCGCCACGCUUUAGUGUUACACCAGAGGAUAUUAUAUAUGUUAAUUUAGGUGAUUCAAUUAUACUAAAUUGCCAGGCCGAUGGCACUCCGACCCCAGAGAUCCUUUGGUAUAAGGAUGCGAAUCCCGUUGAUCCAUCGCCAACGGUCGGCAUCUUCAACGAUGGCACCGAGCUACGGAUCUCCACCAUACGCCACGAGGACAUCGGAGAAUACACUUGCAUUGCACGCAAUGGUGAGGGACAAGUCUCCCAUACGGCCCGCGUUAUAAUUGCGGGCGGCGCUGUAAUAAUGGUGCCGCCCACCAAUCAAACGAAACUCGAGGGCGAAAAAGUGAUAUUCUCCUGCGAGGCUAAGGCCAUGCCGGGCAACGUGACGGUGCGCUGGUUCCGGGAGGGAUCUCCCGUUCGGGAGGUGGCCUCGCUGGAGACGCGCGUCACGAUUCGGAAGGACGGCUCGCUGAUCAUCAAUCCCGUCAGCGCGGACGAUUCGGGGCAAUACUUGUGCGAGGUGACCAACGGCAUUGGAGAUCCACAGAGUGCUUCGGCCUACCUCAGUGUGGAAUAUCCUGCCAAAGUGACCUUCACGCCAACCGUGCAGUAUCUGCCUUAUCGUCUAGCCGGCGUCGUGCAGUGCUACAUCAAAUCGAAUCCGCAGCUGCUGUACGUCACAUGGACGAAGGACAAGCGCCUGCUGGAGCCGUAUCAAAUGAAGGACAUUGUGGUAAUGGCCAACGGCUCGCUGCUCUUCACGCGCGUUAACGAGGAGCAUCAGGGACGCUACUCUUGCACACCCUACAACGUCCAGGGCACACAGGGUGACUCGGGCACGAUGGAAGUGCUGGUGCGCAAGCCUCCGACUUUUACCGUAGAGCCGGAGACGCUCUACCAGCGCAAGGUGGGCGACAGCGUCGAAAUGCACUGCGAUGCGGUCGAAGCGGAGGGCACCGAACGGCCCACCAUCAAAUGGCAGAGGCAGGAGGGCGAGCAGCUGUCUGACUCGCAGCGCAACCGGGUGAAAAUUUCCGGCGGCAACAUAACCAUUGAAAAUUUGCGCCGCGAAGACUUCGGGUACUACCAGUGUGUGGUCUCCAACGAGGUGGCCACGCUGAUGGCCGUCACGCAGCUGGUCAUCGAGGGCACGCAGCCCCAUGCGCCCUACAACAUUACGGGUAAGGCCACCGAGUCCUCUAUAACGCUGCAGUGGAUGCCCGGGUACAGCGGCGGGUCCGAGUACAAGCAGGACUACACCAUCUGGUACCGCGAGGCAGGCGUCAAUGACUGGCAGACGAUAUCCGUGACCCCAUCUGGCAGUACACAGGUGACCAUUAAUGGCUUAGCCUCCGGCACCAGCUAUGAAUUUCAGGUGGUCGGACGCAAUGUCCUCGGCGAUGGGAUGAUGAGCAAGGUCAUGACGGUGCGAACCUUGGAAGACGCUCCGGCAGCGCCACGUAAUGUCAAGGCUGCAACACAACCGCCCGAUCACUUAUUUCAGCCAAUGCCAGACGAAGCUGGCCCGAAACCCGGACCGCCUCGCAACGUGUCCGUGACGGAGAUCUCAAAUGGUUUCCUGAUCACGUGGCAGUCGCCGUUGGAGCGCGCGCACAUCGUCAAGUUCUACACGAUUAAAUAUCGCACGGACGCGGAGUGGAAAACGUUGAAUCGGGGCCAAAUACGGCCGGAGGAGACCCAGUAUUUGGUGAAGAACCUGGUUGGCGGUCGCACCUACUAUUUCCGCGUGCUGGCCAACUCGGAAAAGUCGUACGAGUCGAGCGAUGAGGUGAAAUUCCCAGUGCCGGCGCGUGUCAAACAUAAAGCUAUAACAGCCGGCGUCGUUGGGGGCAUCCUGUUUUUUAUUGUUGCGAUCAUUUUAUCGGUUUGUGCCGUAAAAAUUUGCAAUAAACGUAAACGACGAAAACAGGAAAAAGAGUUCAACAUGGUAGCUUGCAGGAUAACAGAUGCUCGUAACAUUGCAGCCAAUAAUCAUCAUUUGCACAAUCGCAGUACGGGCUCCAUAUCCUCUGGUCAAGUGCCUUUAAAAAACAAUACUGAACACUAUCGUGAUUAUGAAAGCGUUUUUAUAGUUCCAGGUCAUCCUGUCAUAAUCAAAAUCGUACAAACAAACCCGAAUAUCAAGUCUAACUGCAAUACUCAUUGCCAUUUGCACUGGAUUUGGCCACCCGACCGCUGCACCAACUGCCACUCCAUCUACAGCUCACCCAACAUUCACGAAGAUGUUGUGCAGGACGAAGGGAAGAGGCGGUCCGCACAGCUCGGCUACGACAACAGCAUUGAGAACUGCGUCGACGUGGUCGACGGCGCGCUCUUCGAGCGUCGCAACAGCAGUGGGUCCCAGAAGUCCUCCAGCGAUGACGGCGGCUUCCUCUCGCGCCGCAACUUCAUCACAGCGCGCGCCUCCUGGCGUCGGCCACUGGUCGCCUCAUCGAGCCAGGUCAGCUUGCAGUCGGCAGCCGACUCCGCACGGGGUUUCCUUAACGGCUUGGGCGGCCUGCUGAAGAUUGGCGGGGCGGUCAAGCAGCCGCCCGGGGAUGAGGCUGUCACUGGCGCGAGAUACCAGAACGUGCACAACAUCUACAGGAACAUGCAGCAGAACGCGGCGAGCAAUGGUCCUCUGCACAUCAACACAAUCAGCGGCAGCCUGGGCCAGCAGCUGAUGUCGCCUCAGCUCUACACACCGUCUCGUGUAUCGCGCAUCUUCUCCAGCUCGCCGGCCAGCACUCCCGGCCACAACCAGCAGCUGCACCAGCACCAGCACCAGCACCAGCAUCAGCUCUUAUCCUAUAACGCCGGAUAUCCGUCGCAGCACACACACUUUAGCGAUCUCAGCACCGUCUAUCCGAACUCCGCGGAGCGUUCACUGCCGACAUCCCACAUCAGCGGCGCGGGCAACCUGAGCCGCUAUCGCUACCAUUCCCAGGAGCUGCCGUCACUGCGCACCAUCCAGGAGGAGACGCGUCGCCAGCAACCGUACCACCAGGCGCAGCAGCCACUGGAGGACCACUUCGUGCCACUGCAGCUGCCCUCACCGCCGUCGUGGCGCAACUACUACCAAACACAGCUGCCAUAUCAGAGCUACCGGCCGCGCACCCGCUGGUAUCCCCGGCACUAUUCCCGGCUCUUCAGCCGGCAGCAGCACGAGCUGCUGUCGCCUCUGCCGGACUUGAACCUCUCGCUGCGUGGCUCGGCCAACGCCGCUGGCGUGGGCCUGGAAGCAUCCCCCGAGUCUCGGUCAAGCUCCAGUGGGUUCGGCUCCAAGAACACGUCCAACCAUCCAGGCAGCACGAGCGAGUGGCGCCUUUUGCCGCCCUAUCGCCCGCCGCCGUCGCCGCCGAAGCACUCGGCGUACUUUGGCUUGAACAUCGCUGCCACGGGCAGCCAACAGGCGCAAGCCCAAACCCUGGUGCCGGGGCAGCUGCAGCAGCAGCCGUACCACUACUCCUACCUACAGCCGAGUCCGCCUUCGGCCGGGCUACCGACGCCGCCGUACACCAUGUCACACUGGCUGGAAAUGAUCUCACGACUGAAUGCAGCCACGGAUAACAAUUUGCCCAGGUCCUGCCCCGUGGACGUGGGUAGUGUCGAUGGCCACUACGAAUUCGACCCCGCCACGCCGACGCCCAGUGCCUCUACUCCAACGGGCGGCGUUGGCCUGCUUCGCGAUGAUCUCAAUCUACACAUAGACACACAUCACUAUCCGCAUCACUCUCAUCAUCAUCACCAUCACCAGCACGCAACAUCCUUCCACCAGCAUCCGCACCACACUCUCGGCCCGUUGAGUGGCAGCUUGUUGCAUGCUUCGACUGCGGCUGCCGCCUCCACCGGUGGCUCGGCUACCUACGGAGCCUCCAUGGCUCGCAAGCUGCGCAGCCUGCCCCGCUACGACAAUGUGGAGGCGCGACUCCAGGCCAUGCGAGAGGAGUUCUACGCCUACCGCAAGCGCCAGUCCAUGCAGCGCACUAGUGGCCCAGAAAUCGAGAGCGUGUGCUGACAACAGACAGCAGACAGCAGACAACUGACAGCGUAAAUGUGACCGCAAAGUAAACAACAACUAUACACACACACACACACACAGAGAAAGAGACAGAGUCUUGCACAGGUACACCCAUAGAAUAUAUCUGCACCAGCUUAGGCACAGAAUGAAUAACCCGGCAGUAGCAGCAGCAGCAGCAGCAGCCAUAACAACAUGCAAUCGAAGUCGACCACAGAUUAGAUGAUAUCUAUCCAGCAAUAACAAAGCUCACAUCGUAUGUUACCCAUGUUAGAACCCAAGCGUCAUACUAUGAACUACAAGUAUUUAAGGCCACAUAUAGACGGCCCCCAAAAAGAAAACCAGCAAUUAGUAGUUUUUUAUGAUAUAUAGAGCAAUCGAAGACCGGAAAACAAAAUCGAAAAAUACAAGUAUAGGACACCCAGAGAGGAGAUAAUUUUUGUACAUAUUAAAUACAUUCAAUAAUGAUAUACACAUUAUAAGAAGGCACUCGAGCAAAAUAUGAUAGCAACGUUUAAGUAUAAUAUUUAUGGUAAAAACCUAUAGCAAUUAUGAAACACAUAUUAUAACUUAAAACUCAAUUUACAUAUAUGAAUUGAUUGGAUUGAACACAAUAUGCAAAUGAAAAUAUUAUUUAUAAACAAGCCGAAAACAAAAGAAAUUAUGUAUUAGAUAUUUAUAUACGGUAAAGCAUAGGCGACACAGAUUGAUCUGUUACAACAUCAAUUACCAAUUAAACAAAUCCACAAACGUAAGCGUACAUUAUGUUACAUUAACACUAACGUAAAUUAAAGCGGAAUAUAUGAUAGCGAUUAAGUCUUUAGUUGUUAGACUAAACGAUCAAACGAAAUGUUAAAAUAAAAGCGAUAAAUACUCUGAAAAAUUACAUAUAGACAAAUUGUUUUAUAAUUAAAUUAUUGAAUGAAGAAAAAAAA